AGUGCAUAAAUCCAGUUUCCUGGUAGUAAAACUCUCCUGGCGAUCCGCUCAACCUUAGUAAAGAUAUAAGAAGAAACAUUUCAAAUUAAUUUUAUAACAGCUACGCCGCAUUGCUUCGAUACUGUCAUCUACAAGUGCAUCGGCGCCCGAGUCGGAGCGUAGCGGUGAGUCACUUUCGCAGUCGACAUCUACUUACUACCUACAGUUUUAUUGCAUUACAUAUUAACAACAAAAAGUAUGGCUACUUCUUGCAGUGGAUGCAAUAAGAAUAUACAUAGCCUGUCAUAUAUGGAAUGUCACAAAUGCCAUUGUCUUUAUGACUUAAUUUGUUUGAAUAUAACAGAAGAGCAAUUUAAUAAAUUCACUCAAAAUUACAAAAAUGAGUGGUUUUGUCCUUCAUGUCUAUGCCUCAUGCCCAAAAGUGAUAACACAAGUACUCCAGUUCGCUCGUCGGCUAUGUCACUUCAUGACACUUUUUCUAUAAGUCAGAAUGUAAAUACAACUAGAGGGAGCAAACUCAGGGGAGAAGGGACUAACGUCCAAACCGACUUCAGCGUAGCCGACUUAUUCUCCGAAAUUCGCCGAUUACGUGACGAAGUUUAUGAGGCACGACAAGAAAUAAAGGCCCAAUCAGCUGCUUUGUCAAAAACACUAGACGAACGACUUAUAGAUUGCGCAAGGAUCUGUCAAGAUAAAGACCUGGAAAUCGCCGCUCUGAAAACAUCAGUUGGCCAACUCCAACAACUUGUCACUGCACAGGAUCAAAACUUGAUCAAAAAUGAGCUAGAAAUUAUUGGUAUACCCGAAGAAGAUAAUGAAAAUCUACCUCACAUAGUAUUGCUGGCAUCCCAAAAAAUCGGAGUUUCACUGACUGAAGCUGACCUGGACGAAGUUGGUCGAGUUGGUCCUAAACGUUCCAAAGACGCUAAGUCUCCGAGCUCUGUCGUCAGUAGGUCACGUCCUAUUGUUGUAAAACUUUUGCGCCGCCAAAAAAGGGAUGAGCUGGUGAGAGCAGCUAGAUCCAGAAAGAAUGUUACUACUGAGAUGAUUACUCCAAGCCCUGCUCAGAAGUUUUACAUUAAUGAACGGCUCACGAGGGCAAAUCGUGAUUUAUUUCGUGAAGCUAGAUCUCGAGCUCAAAAACAAAAAUUUCGUUUUUGUUGGGUGCGGCACGGAGGCAUCUAUAUCAAAGAAAAUGAAAAUAAACAAGCAAUCCGAAUUUUCUCAUACCAGGAUUUGGAUGAGAAACUUGGUCCACCUCACUAAAUAUAAGAUAAUAUUUUUAUUUCUUUAUGUUAUGCUAAUUCCAUUAACAGUUAAAAAUAUAUUAUACUCAACACUUUCCAAUAAUAUUACACAUUGUAACAUAAUAUUCACCACAUACUAUACAACAUACACAUUAAAAUUUCAUACAAAACAUAACUACUACCUUCACGUGUGCUUUACUUCUCCAAAGACAA